UUUUGCUCUUUACAUUCCAACCAUGCCCGGAGCGAGUCGCGACCUGUGAGAGAUGGAUCCGAAUGAACGAGGUAGUACUAAUAUGGAGAGGGCGAAGAUGUUCCUGGGGCUGACGCCGGACGAGUCAGAGGCCGUGUCGCGACUCGCUGUUCCUGAACGGCAAGCCGGCGAGGGAAAGAGCUUCUUCGACGCUUUCGCCCUUGCGGGAAUCCGAGUCGUCCGAGUCGAACCCGGACUCGUCGUCUGUUCUUUCAAGGUCCCUCCCCGCCUCACUGAUAGAAGUGGAAACUUGGCAAAUGGUGCAAUUGCAAACCUUGUCGAUGUCGUUGGAAUUUCUUUAGAAUAUGGCGAGGGACUCCCUAUGAUUGUUACAAUCGACAUGUCUAUCUCGUAUCUUUCUACAGCGAAGAUUGAUGACGAGCUCGAGAUCACCUCAAAAAGAUUAGGAAAAAGAGGAGGUUAUACCGGAACGGUUGUAGUUUUGAGAAACAAAACAACAGGGGAGAUUAUUGCCGAAGGUCGACUUUCGAUGUUCCGUGCACUUGGUUCUAGCAAACUCUGAGUUUUAAUCUCAAUAGGGUUCCUUUCCUUUGAAACAUAUUGUAUUUACCAUUCAUGUUUGGCCAUCUAAUGACUUGUAUUGAUUCCAAAUCUUCUAAUGCUAUCGUUCUUAAGCAAA